AUGACAUUCACUCAGCUGCAGACCCGACCGGCUGAGUUGUGGCAUCAAUCUACAGAUAAAGUGCACCGGUCGACUACCGAUAUCUGGCGUCGCUCUACAAAUCUGUGGUACGACUCAAAAGAUAAAUGCCAGCAAACUACAGUGAAUGCAUGGCACCGCUCCACGGAUUCGUGGACGAGUUCAAUGAGUCGAUAUCGCCAGUCAACCUCAGAUAAGUCGACAGAUCAGUCAAGCAAUACAUCCAUUAUACCUGGCAAUGGAACAAACGCCGAGGAUAAAGCACCGAUCACUUCGACAGCAAUAAUUCCUUCGUAUACGCCUUAUGCCUCAGCCCAAACCGCCUUUCAACCCCCUCAUAAUUCGUCUUAUCCAUUCUCACCGGAGUCCAUUGGGUCUCCAGAGUCUCCUAAAUCGCUGCAAUUUUCACCACCCCCACAAAUCAAAUGCCGGCGCCGAUCUCAAUCAGAAGCCGAUACACGCUCAACCUCACCAAGCAUAAUCUCCAUCGAUCUACAAACAGAUAAGAAGAUAGUACCAGACCAAAAAAUCAAAGAUCUCAUUGAAAUGAUCACCAAGAUUGAUGCUCAGCUGGAGCAAGUGAAACAACUGAGAUCAUCCAAAUCUGGUCAAUUAGGCGAGAUCGAGUACAACUGGAUCAGCUCAACCAUCAUCGACAUGGAAGAGUCAAAGCAAGAAGUGACUCGAGUCCUUGAUUACUACCGUCUCAUUCUAGAGAAGCACAAAGGAAAACUGAACUCAUCAGGUCGCAAGCGCUGGAGAACUCGAGAUUGCCAGCGCAUCCGAGAAGAGUACCCUCGCCUCAGGCUACAUCAAAGCCGACUUGAAAAAGUACUCCACCAUAUAACCAGCUUGGUAGCCAUUCCAGAAGUUUUGCCCGAAGAGAAAUGGGGGGUAUCACUUUCAGAUCCUCCCAACUGCAAAGCAACAAUCAAGUCACCUGUGGAGCUUCCGGUGAAUUGUGAAAUCACAGUCUUCUCGCCAGUGGUUGCCGAGCUUCCUUCAGAACUGACAUCUGUUGCUUCAAAUAAGCGUAUGAUCCAAAUACCGAAGAUCAUUGUGACUCAGGCAGUGGAGGAUUUAUUAGAGGACCAAAGAAGAAGCAAGGAAAUGGAAGACCGCAUCGAUUAUGAAAACAGAGAGAUGGAUGAGAUGAUGGCUUGGGAACAGACGAGAAAUGAUAUUCAGGCGCAACAAUCUGAGUCGCUGGCUCGGAUUGUAGCUGAAAUGGAAAAGAGAUCUCGUUGA